CGUAGAUUGCAAGAGCUACAGGGAGCUAGAGCUGAUGUUCCGUCACGAUUCCGUCACAAGAGAGACAACUACCCACAAUUCUCGGCUCGCCUAUGACGACAACGAAUGCGAAGAGUGGGUAGAGUAUAUGAAGGAGAAGUAGGUGUCGGAGAUGGAAGUAAAGAAUGCGGAGGAAAGGCGCCCAGUCGUCACGCCCAACCGGCUGGAAAGGUUGUGGUAUUGUGAUUGCCAGUAUGAGUGAAGCUGCUUGGGGACGCUCCCACAGUCCGGCGCGCUAUCACUGUCGUCUGACAUUGCGAAGCGUCGACGCUGGAGCAAAGAUAAGAGCAUACCUAGCGAGUGACGCCGAAUCCGCCAGGUCGACCAACGACGAUUGACGGUCACCGAAGCCAGAAUCACGGAGUCCUCAGAAGCAUCAAUGGCAUGUAAUCGACCUUUCUACCCACGUGGGCCGUAAGCGUAUGUUGCGUGUGGGGAUUAGUUGCUACAUAUGUACAAGUGGGCUGGCGUGAGCAGGUCACAUACCCACCCAGACGUACUACCACUGCCAGCAGUAGACCGAUUCCGGCUACCUCGCCUGCGUCUCUGGAGUAUGCGUGUCUCUCCGAUCAAAGUACGUCCACUGGCCCUCUGCAGGCUUCUCCUCGAGUUCCUCCCAUCUCUUCGCCUCCGCAAGCGUAUCAACCAACUUCUCCUCCCCCUCCGCCACCUGAAUAAUCUCCUCGAUCAAGCCCGCGGCAAUCCGCUGCUCUACCUCCUCCAC